AUGGCCAAUUUAUUCAAGUUGAACAAAAGUCAACGGCGAUUCUUUACGUGUUGGGGAAAACUUCACGUUAAGUUAGCAUUCCUUAUCAUAAUCCUAAUGACAUUGUUUGCUGAGAUCUUAGAAACUGUAUCUUAUGUGAUGGGUGGUUUUCCUCGUGUGUCUUCUUUGAUCACAUAUUCGUUAGAGGUAUGGGAGUAUUUCGUCACGUUCACUAUGAUCCUGGCAUUUUUGAGAGAAAGCCCCAUGAUGAUGCUUCCAUUUAUUGGACAAAUGUUUUUGGUCGUUGUGAUGAUGUUGAUAAUGUUCUUUCAACUUCUAUUCUGCGUUUUUGUUCCUUAUUCCUCGAUAGCCGAACAAUUUUUCUCGGAUGGACGCUACACCUUUUUACAACGAGAGAAAAAGUUGUUCUUUGUAUUAAUUAUUGUUGCAUUCUUCACGUUUAUUUCUGGAUGGUUCCUUAAAAUAGCACUUGCAACCUACCAGUAUUUUGAUUAUAUGGCUAUGAAGAAGGCUCGAAAAUCUGGACGUUCAGCACAUGAACAGCUUCCCGCACUAGUUCAACAGGAUGCACUUCCACCACCACCAUCAUCACCAUCUCAAUCAUUUCCAAAUCCUAACUUUAACGGCAAUUCGGAUGACGAAGAUGAGGUUUUUGAGAAGUCUCAAACACCAGCGGCAAAUAUUGUUUAG